AUGCAAUCGGGGUAUAAAAAUCAGGCUACCCGAUCGGUUGCCGUGGGAUACAAUGCCGGACACACUACGCAAGGUGAAAAUAGUGUUGCGAUUGGCUAUGGUGCGGGCAUGAUCACACAGAGUAAAAUGGCAAUUGGCAUUGGUAACAAUGCAGGACAGACUGAACAGUGUGAAUACGCUAUAGGUAUCGGGAAUCUCACGGGAAAUACCCAGCAGGGGCGACAGGCUAUAGCAGUCGGAUUUGCGGCUGAAGCAGAACCAGGCUCUGGUGAAACAGGUGGCUGCACACGAGAGUAUUAUUGGUACACUGAUUGA